AUGGCGACUGUUCAAUCUCUGGGGCUGCAUCAGCCGGCAGGGCUCCGGCAUGCUAUUGACGAGCAGCUGCUGCCUCCUGAUCCGCCUGCCUCAUCGUAUGCUUGGGAGAUCUUCACCGACGACAGGGAUGGAAGCCAGGUGGAAGAUGAGCUGCUCACCACCGACAAAUGUGUGGUCUGGUGCCGUGGGGGGAUUUUCCGCAAAACAUUCAAAUUCGAUCUUGAAAAGGAGUCCAUCACGCAAGCCCUUCUCACAUAUUUUCCAGCCUCGGAAGAUGAAGGCAGUAGCCGCAAGGCCCCUGGUCCCGUAGGCCAGCGUUCUGCGUCCCUUGAAAAGGGCUUGGUGGUCUUUCUCAAAACACAGGCCCAUAUCUACAUGUUAUCCGGGACAAGUCACGUAGUCCACAUGCCGUUCGAAGUUGAAUCAGCCUGUGCCGCUCCUGUUGGAGUUCUCAUCCAGACGAAGCAAAAGGCCGAAAACUUGGCGCCGAUUGCUUUAAAGUUUCCUCGAGUUCCUCCCAACUCUUUCGUGUCCUCUCAGUUGACUGCAUUCAGCGGCUCUCAGCAAACUGCCUUCUCUGUGGAGGGCCUUGGAAAGCCCAAGUUGCUACCAGUUGGACUGAAUAUGACGCUGGAAAACAUGUGGGAUGCGCCAUUGGAACAGCCUGAAUCUCACUGGCCUCGGCUUGUGGCCCUCACCGAUCCGUUGUUAGACAUUGGGCUUGUGGUGACAGAUGCCGAGAAAUCAACGUCAACCAGAAGAAAUAGAAAUAAAGCUUCAAAGAUGCAUGGCUUCCUCGAUCCCGCUGAAGAGAUACUCUACAUUGAGAAAGUCGUUAUCCCUGGUACUUCCUCUGAACAUCCCCACGAGCCUCUGAUACUUGGCGUCACCAUCAACCGCGAGGCCAAUGCCUACACCAUCUGGAGAUUAUCUUAUUUGGAGCAUGAAGAUCACUUCAUCAAGCGCCAUUCAAGUCCAAGUACAAAGGCGUCUCGACGUCGAAGCUCCAUGCAGCCAGGAUUCGCGAGCGGCACAUCAACCCCCGUGCAGGCAACUCAUCGUGAGAGCUUUGGAGCACCGCUUCCAGGGAAGCGAUCACGCAAAAGCGAAAAGGUCGAAAAGCCACUAGAUUUGGUAUCGUCAUUAGAAAAACAAGACAUGGAAAGCACUGGGGUUGGGCGGAGGAGCUCACGUAGGCUGAGUUCAAUGUUAGCUCGUGCAGAUCUCUCAGCCUCCUAUGACAGAGCUGUUUUCCCAGAUCAGUCAUCGAUCCUGAGUGGCGUGUCCUCCAAAAGACAUGAUUCUCUUGGUAACCACGGCCGCUCAAGUACUUCUUAUAUUCACCAGGUUCGUCACAGCCUUGGUAGUCUGCUGGAAGCUCCGUUAGACGGCGGUUUAGAUGAUCGCGUUCACAACAUACGCCUCGAUGAUCGUGAAUUCGAUGGGCUGCAACAUGAGAUGCUCUUCAGCAAAAUCCACGUCAUCCCGUUACAUAGUUCAAACGUUCACUAUUCAGAAUCUGGCGGCAUUUCUCGGAGCCAAGCUAAAGUGUUCGUUCUUGCAGCGCCUCCUUUUGCUACAAAUGACUAUCAGAUGGGCCAGCUGCUUAUAGGUAUCCAAGAAGUUGUGGAGAAACGCCUCCAAUUGGUUACCUUUUCUCUCAAGUUGCAGCAAAGGCCUGAUGUUGCGGCAACUGGGGGAAAGGAGCCAUCCUCCACGAUUACAGUCUCAGUUUUGCCAGGUGAACUGCGGAGGGCGCAAAACGUGGUUGAUUCGUGCAAGAUAAUUGAUGGAGACCAGUCUGCCAUCCUAGUUCUGUCGGAAUCCAUGGACGGUCGACAUGAGCUGAGCACUCAGGCACCUUGGAGUGAGAUGACCAAACUCUCACUUUCUCUCCUUUUUGUUGAUGACACAAAGAGUCUGCAGUUCCGCGGAAGGGCAGUAGACAGAGACGUCAGGCAACGAAAGAGCGAAAUCAUAGAUCUCACUAAUGGCAGUAUUGUCGGAGUCUGCCACUCCAGGCAUCGCGGAGUAGUUGACGUAGUUGACACCCAAGGACGUCUACACCAGCUUAAAAUUCAGCUUCGGCCGUCUUGUGCUCCGGUAUCUGCUAUUCUCAACGUCUGCAGAAGCGUCUUACCCGACUCAAUAGGGGAGCGUAUCCACACAGGGUGGCUUCACGCCAUGCAGUGGCUCUAUAUCCAAGGCAAAGCUGAUGCCAAUGUGGAAUGGUCUGCGUUGACCAUCCUACUCCUCGCAUUAUUCUUAAGCCUCGAUCGGUCAGAACAUCGAAAUCCUCCAUCAGAGAGACUUUCGGUUCGGAAGCGGAGGCUUCCUUCUGGCUCAUAUGCGUCCCUCCGGGAUUCUGAUGAUUGGAAAUCUCUUGAAAUGGGCGAAACUGCAAAUUCUCUUGGAUGUCCGGCAUGGAUGAUUAAUCGCGGAUGGCAAUGGGUCAUUGAUGACGAUGCAGACGAUACGGCAUCUCAAAGCGGUAACCAGGGUCUCGGCACAAAAUUCGUUUCUAGACAUGUUGUUCUGGCCAAAGAAUAUAUGGGCUCGUCAUUUGGGAUCAAUGCUUUAGGGCCCUCCGGAUUUCUCCCAACUUCUCUAGGCAGAAACUCCGAAUACCGACGAAAAGCUGCCGCGGAUAUUUUCAUGGCUCUUCACCUUCUGUUAGAAGAACAGAAGCUCGACAUCAUGUCUGCAGAAUACCUACCAUCUGGCCGAGCUGACCUCCGAGUGAUCUUAUGCCAGAUUGCUAGGUGGUUAAAGUGGCAUAACUUUUCGUCAUUUUAUGAACUGGGUAUACAAGAAGAUCUCGACCCACGUCAUGACCAAGAACUUCGCCUAAAGUCACCAGUCCCUGAACCGCCAGCCAGGCCAGAUAUACUGGAAUGGAUUCAAUCUUGUUUUGUAGGGCUUCACGACCAGCACUAUACCAUUCCAGCAGAUUUAUUCUAUGCGGCUGCACAGUUACCCGAACCCGACAAAAUGCUUGAUAGCCGCUGGAACUCUAUUCUCCCCCGAACACUUAUGUUCAAGCGCUUCUUCAGACAUGUAAAAUCAAACAGCACAGCAGUACAAAUGGUGGAAGCUAUGAAAGCCUGCGGCUUAACCAAUCAUGUCCUCGAAACUCUCCCAGAGGCUAUUUUGAUACCUCUUCAGGAUGCCAUAGCGCUUUGUCAACCCCACCCUCCUUCUUCCUGGUCGGAUGAGAUGCUGGAGCUGGUGAAGCGGACUGAUAUCAGUCUGAUUCUAUCCUCCAACAAGCGCUCACGUCCGGCCAUGUCAAACAUCUUAACACCUACCCAUACUGCAAGCUGGGAAUUCAAGUUGCUCUGUGAAAGUGUUGAGCAAACAAAUAGCCAGGGCUAUGACGAAGGUGAAGGAACCGAGCGACAAUCUGUGAUUCGGGCGUUGUUUAAGGAUGACCGCCGUCUUCAAGAAGCUCGAGAUUUGUUAGCAACUCACAAACCCAGAGUUGUGAGUUUGCCGCAAGAUCCAGGUUUACCCGAAAGCGAAUAUUUAGAGAAGCAAAAAGAGCUCGUUUCCAGGAUUGCCACGGGAACUUUAGCAAUUCCAGCAGGAAGGGGGCUUCUCUUCUACAGCCUUCGCUUCCCUCUCAUCACCCAGAAGUUCCACAUCGGUGGAUUCAAUCUGAACUGCGUUGUAAAGCCCAACAAUGUCACUGUAGGUGUGGACAAGACCUUGUUCACGGAGGAGAAAGUUUGCUGGGGAUUUUUCCAUCAGGGCGUCGCGGCUGGAUUGGCAAUUUCCCCACAAGCAAAGGGCAUUGAUACUUCGUGGAUCCUAUACAACAAACCGGGACAAGAUCUUAGCAACCGACAUGCUGGAUUUCUGCUAGCCCUUGGGUUGAAUGGACAUCUCAAAGGCGUUGCAAAAUGGGUGGCUUUCAAGUACCUUACUCCAAAACAUACGAUGACUUCUAUCGGCCUGCUACUCGGCCUCGCCGCGUCGUAUAUGGGCACCAUGGACUCUCUCAUUACCCGCCUCCUCUCUGUACACGCCACACGCAUGCUUCCGCGAGGUGCAGCGGAACUCAACCUUUCACCCCUCACUCAAACGUCUGGUAUAAUGGGAAUUGGCCUGUUGUAUUGUGGUAGCCAGCACCGACGAAUGAGCGAGAUAAUGCUCUCAGAAAUCGAGCAUGUUGAUGAUGAAGAUGAAGAAGAGCCCCUAAGGAGUGAAUGUUACCGUCUUGCAGCCGGUUUUGCACUUGGAUUCAUCAACCUUGGCAAAGGAAAUGAUCUCAAGGGCUUACACGACAUGCGACUCACAGAGAAACUUAUCACGCAUGCCACCGCAACGAAGAAUGUUGAGAUCGUACAUGUUCUGGAUCGGGCCUCGGCCGGCGCAGUCAUGGCCAUUGCACUUAUCUUCAUGAAAUCGGAGGAUCAAAUCGUGGCACGAAAGAUUGAUAUUCCCGACUCAGUACUUCAGUUCGAUUACGUUCGCCCCGACAUUCUUCUUCUACGGACCAUGACAAGAAAUCUCAUUCUUUGGUCUCAAAUCGAACCCACGUUUAGCUGGAUUCAGAGAAGCCUUCCUGUUCCCUACCGCUCACGACACAAACUACACAACACGACCAAGCUGAGAUCAUCCGACUUGCCCUUUUUCAGCAUUUUGACAGGCCUCUGCUUUGCUAUUGCCCUACGCUUCUCCGGAAGUGCCUCGCCCAAGGUGCGAGAUUUGCUAUUACAUUAUCUGGACCAGUUUAUGCGUAUCACCGGGCUGCCGGCGACCCCCAGAAUGCAUCCUGAUGCCGCUCCGCUCUACGAUGAAGAGCUGGCUAGAACGAAUGCCCGAAUGUGCCAGGAUAUUCUCGCAGUUUCUUGCUCCAUUGUCAUGGCUGGCACAGGAGACAUCCCUGUCCUCCGUCGACUUCGAGCUCUGCACGGAAGGGAUGAUCCCGAUACACCUUAUGGCUCACAUCUCGCAGCCCAUCUUGCCAUCGGAGCGCUAUUCCUUGGCUGCGGCACUGCUACUUUUGGGUCUAGUAACAAAGCAAUUGCAGCAUUACUGGUGGCCUUUUAUCCGAUUUUCCCGGUAAACGUUAUGGACAACCGAUCGCAUCUUCAGGCCUUUAGACACUUUUGGGUCCUGGCAGCUGAGCAACGCUGUCUUGUCGCCAAAGAUGCGCUGACGGGACAACCAGUCUCUGUACCUGUACAUAUCAAGAUGCGAGGCAGCUCAUCUAUUGAGUCGGUAUUGUACAGAACAACACCGUGUCUGCUACCUCCCCUCGACCAGAUAUCUAGCGUAACCACUGCCGGCGGUCCACAAUACUGGGAUGUCGAGCUUGACUUCUCAAAUGAGGACCUCAGAAAGACGUUUGCACAAACACAGAGCCUUUAUCUCCGUAGGAGACCACCGCGCGAGGGCACAUUCACAUCAACGCUGAGAGCUCUUGGUGAGCAAGAGAAGGGCGAAAAUCCCCUAGAGUGGAUCCUCAACCUAGACGCUUUGCAAGAUCUCAGCUAUGCAGAGAAAGCAGCCUUGUUAGAUACCGGUGAUGAACAGCAAGGCGGUAUGGGAAGCGCUGUGGAUGCAAGGCUCGAGAUGGAGCGAGGCGUUAGGGAAGGCGGCGACAGAGAGCGCCUUGAGGGUGCAAGAUUGCUCUUCGAAUGGGGCGACGCUCGCGAUAAUCUUCGUCAAUCCUCGUUGACGGCCAUGACGGAUAGCCAGAGCACCAUUAAGCCGGCAAAUCUUCAGGACGAAUCGAAAGAGGAUGCUCCCACGCAGAAUGAAGAGACGGAAGAUGAAGCGGAGGGCGUUUGGUGGAUGAGAGAUAGUGCUAUUGAGGCUUUGAAGGGUAAAGUGUGGAUGGCGGCGCGGCAACAUGAGCAGUAG